AAGGUCUACCAAAAGAAGUGAGGAAGAAAGGACAGAGGGUGACACCAAACAUGGCAACGGCGAGUAGUCACGCGAGGCUGCCGCCGAGCAACGCCCAUGUCGGACAUUUCGUGAGUCGUCGGCCGUGGCCAGCCAGCCUCCUCUUCUUGUCGACGACGAGCAUUGUUGGUUGUUGGUUGAUUGAGCGGAGAUAUUUCACAGCACCUGGGCGACUGCUUGGGCAAAGGCGCGUUCGGCGCCGUCUUUCGAGGCUUGAACUGGAUGACGGGAGAGACUGUCGCUGUCAAGCAGAUCCAUCUCGCUGCUAUUCCCUCAUCGGAGCUAGGAGAGAUCAUGUCGGAGAUCGACCUGCUCAAGAAUCUCAACCACCCAAAGAUCGUCAAAUACAAGGGUUCUGAAAAGACGAGAGACUUCCUCUACAUCAUUCUUGAAUACUGCGAGAAUGGCUCGCUGCAGAACAUCUGCCGGCGUUUUGGAAAGUUCCCCGAAGGCCUCGUGGGCGUCUACAUACUUCAGGUUCUGGAAGGCCUCGUCUAUCUUCACGACCAGGGUGUGAUUCACCGGGACAUCAAGGGCGCCAACAUCCUCACCACGAAGGACGGCUCCGUGAAGCUGGCCGACUUUGGCGUGGCGACAAAGACGACGGCGCUCAGCAACGGAUCUGUCGUGGGGAGCCCCUACUGGAUGGCUCCAGAAGUCAUAGACCAAAGCGGUGCCACUACGGCGAGCGAUGUAUGGAGCGUGGGCUGCGUCGUCAUUGAGCUUCUCGAGGGGAAGCCACCCUACCAUUUCCUCGAUCCCAUGCCAGCCCUCUUCCGCAUCGUCCAGGACGACUGUCCGCCCUUGCCCGAAGGAGCCUCACCGAUCGUCAAAGAUUUCUUGAUGCAUUGCUUUCAAAAGGAUGUCAACCUACGCAUCUCUGCUCGCAAGCUGUCGAGGCAUCCUUGGAUGAUGUCGGCCCGCAAGCAGCUCGAGCAAAUGCGGCCUGCCGGUAUGGGUGCUGCUGGCACAGGGUCAGCUCACAAGGGCGAUCGAGUGGGCACGGGCUACGAUGAAGCCGUCAAAAGCGUCCAGCAGUGGAACGAGGCUCUCAAGGCUGCUGGUCAUCAGACCACAGAGACUGGUUCCGUCGGAUCCGGCGAAGGCGCACACUCAGCCGCUCCUGCACCCCCAGCACCGUCGCAUGCAGCAGCGGCUGCAGCUGCGAACGCUGACACAUCGAUGGCAACCUCGCGGCCCGCGCCUGUCGUAUCGCUGCUCGACCAGCAGCAGAAGAAGCUUGACCAGCUGAAUACGCCAGAAGAGCAGACGGACAACUGGGAUGAUGACUUUGAAGAGGACAUCACCACGACGAAGAUCGCCGCCGCAUUUGACAAAGGAACGCCUACUGCGACGGCGACGAAUACGGCAGCACCAAACUCUGCGCCGCUCUCGCUCGCGGCCAGCACCUUGAAGUCUACCUUGAACGGGUCCAAUGCUUCGAAGACGUUCAGUGACUCUGCGGGCGAGGUGGAGGACUACUCCGAUCUUUUCGAAGACGAAGAAGAGUUUCAGCACCUUGAUGAGCGAGUCAAAAAGCUCAAACAACAGAACAGUAUCGGCAGGCGUCUUUUCCACCCGAAAGACCUUCGCACAAUUGCCAAGGAACGCGGAGCUAGCGACAACAAGCAAACUGUUUCGUCCUCACCUUUACCUGGUGGGGCGAGCAGCAGCAGCGGCAGCAGCAGCAGCACCACUAUCCACAACAAGAACACCAGAGUGCCGCUGACGAAGACAACCGCUGUUAAUGGUGCGGAUCUCAAGAAAACAGGGCAGGACAAGCAAACUCAAAAGAAGACUCGGCGAGCUUUGGGCAGCUAUUCAGAGGCUGAAGGGGAGGGCGACGAUUACUCCGACCUCGUAGUGGGGGCUGGCGAUGCCAUCGGAAGUGCAGCUGGUAUGGGCGCCAGUUCUCCCAAUCAGACGCUGCAGCUCACGACUCGACUCUCGAAGCGGUCCUGGCUCGGCGACGACGACAGCGACGAAGACCCCUUUGCCGAGUUCGAAGAUGACUUUUCCCAGGAAGCCGAUCUCGAGGCCAAUGUGGCGAGGGACAAGCAUGCGCGCAUGUGCGCAUCAGUCAACGAUCUCGUCGAGGAGCUCCAAGCGACGACAUCCGAGGAUCAACUCAUCGAGGCCUGCGAGCAGCUCGAGUCCAUCUUGACGGACAUGCCAGACAUGAAGAGUCAAAUCUUUUCUGCGCAUGGAGCUUUGGCCAUCAUCCAGCUCCUGGAAGAAAUCCAGAUUCGCGACGUCAUCAGUCGACUUCUUGGUCUGCUCAACGUCAUCAUAUACCAGGAUGCCGUCGCGCAGGAAAAUCUCUGCCUGAUUGGCUCGAUUCCCGUCGUGAUGCAAUUCACGUCAAAGAAGUUUCCCCACGACGUCCGCAUCGAGGCGGCCCAUUUCGUCUUUGCCAUGUGCUCAACGUCGAGUCUGACGCUGCAGUUCGUGCUCAGCUGCCGAGGACUCAAGACGCUCGUCGAACUCAUCGAUGAGGACUACUGGGAGCAGCGCGAUCUCGUCUGGUUGGGGGUUGGGUGCGUCAACAGCGUCUUGGAGCUUCAGAGCCCGGCAUCUCGAAACGACUUCUGCAGAAUGCUGGCGCAAGAGGGUCUCCUCGAGCCUCUGACAACCGCGCUGGUCAGCGUCCUCGACGACGAGAGCGGCGACGAGUAUGCGGCCUCUGCGAAGGCACACAUCCUUCAGACGCUCCACAUCUAUUCGGGCUCCGACUCAUGGCUCAAGAGGCAGCUGGCCACCCGAGGAGUGCUCCGGAGGAUGCUCCACGCAUGUCAGAAGCUCGAGCCAGCGUCGUUGACGUUGAUGCUGAAAGUCAUCAAGAACUUGUCGAUGAGUCCUUCGAUUCUCGACGAGCUGCAGAACUGCAAUGCCAUCGAGACGCUCGUCAGAAUCCUCAGCCAGCAUCACGACGGACCCUACGGCACAGAGAUGUCGAACCAGGUCCUAAACGCCAUGUACAACUUGUGCCGACUGAACAAGCCAAGGCAGGAGGAAGCGGCGCAGGCGGGUCUGAUUCCUCAGCUGCUUCGCAUCGCCAGGACAGCAUCACCGCUUAGGCAAUUUGCUUUGCCGAUCCUGUGCGACUUCGCCCACGCCGGCAAGUCCACACGCAAGAUGCUCAAUCAGCAGGGCGGCCUCGACUUCUAUCUCAAGCUCCUCGAGGAUCCUUACUGGCAAGCCCAAGCGCUCGAGGCGAUCCUCGUCUGGCUUCAAGAAGACACUGCCCGUGUCGAAGAUGUGCUGCUUCGACCUUCAUCGAUUGCGUCGCUUCUCUUUGUCUUCAGCACCUCCAAGGCCAAUUCGUUUGAGAAUCUCCUGGAGCCGUUCACCAAGAUUUUCAGGCUGUCAACUGGAGUUACACUCGCUUUGGGACGGCAAUCGGCCUUUAUUCGAAGACUCAUUGAUCGUUUGAGCCACACCAAGGCAGUCGUCCGCUUGAGCCUGCUCAGAAUCACCAAGCUCGUUUGCGAUGUUCACCCUGAUCGGCAGGGACUUAUUGAGCAGUACAAGCUCUUGGAGAUCAUCGAAAGCCUCAGUCGGAACGACGCAGCAGUCCUCGUGCGUGAAUUGGCAAGGGAGAUU